AUGGCAUUAGUUACUAAUAGUAGUUUUUGUGUCUCACACGUUGCCACCUCUACUCAACAUCACCACUCCGAUUUCUCUUCUCAACGCCUUCCCACUCCGUCCUUGCCGCUAGGCAGCCAGGAUAUGCCCAAGACGCUACCUUGCAAGUGGCAAGUAGCGGUCCCCAACGACCAUGUUAUCCAAUGUCUACAAACUUCGACUCCCAAUCAACCUCAGCCUCCGUCUCACUUUGAAACCCCACGUACAAUAUACCUCGGACCUAAGAGAGUAGAAGAUGUAAAAUUGAACAGAAUCGACAAAUCCCGCAAUGGUCGUCGCUGGAGACCCUCCCGAAGGCCUUUCGUAUUCAAGAGUAGCCCGUUAGCAGAAGGUCACAGCGCAGGAAGACUCAAUAUUUACAUCGGCACGCCGUUCAACCGAUUCUCCAAGAUCACUACCCUUUCUAGAAACCCCUUCAUACGCUCCGGCUUUACAACCAAUCUGGCACCAUCAUCUCAUCGUCAUGACUAUUUCAUGGAUACUCAAAUCACUUCUACCUCUUCGCAUAUAAUUCCUCAACGUAAUUUUUGCACACAAUACCCGAACGUAUCAUCGCUACUUCCCAAUUCCCCGCCCCUACCGAAGCUUGAUAGAAUUAGACAGCCAUUAAUCUCCCGAUUCCAAUUCUCGAGUCCUAAACCAAUGCGAAGUCCAUCUGCAGCACACCAUCCACCUGCAGAAUGUCAGAAAUGGGAAAUCUCUUUACCGCAGUGUGUCAUGUUGAAUUUCAUACCCCAAUAG